AUGCCUGUCCGGUCACAGCUCCCCGACGUCGAGAUCCCCGAGGUCAACGUCCUCGACUACAUCUUUCCCGACCCGAGCGACGUCUCCGACAAGCCGCUCUGGAUCGACGCCGACGACACCACCAAGAGCCUGUCGCUGCGGCAGACCCUCGGCUGGGUCCGGCGGCUGGGCGCCGGUCUGCAGCGCAUCGGUCUGCGGCCCAGCGACGUCGUCAUGAUGUGCUCGACGAACCACAUCUUCGUGCCCGUGCUGUAUCUCGGCGUCGUCGGCGCCACGUGCGCAUUUACCGGGGCCAAUCCGGCCUACACGCCAAAGGAAAUCGCAUACCAAAUCUCCAACGCCAAGGCCAAGCUCAUCCUCGUCCACCCCUCCAAGAUGGACGACGUCCUCGCCGCCGCCGCCGAGGCGUCCUUCCCGCGGGACCGCAUCUUCCAUUUCAGCGACGACGUGUCCGGCCGCGCCACCAACCCGCACGGCCUGCGCGACUGGACUUCGUUUCUCGGCCCCGAAUCCGCCGGCACCACCUGGCAGUGGCCGUCCCUCUCCGGCGCCGGCGCCGCCCGCACGCAGCUCGCCACCAUCAACUACAGCUCCGGCACGACCGGCCUGCCCAAGGGCGUGUGCGGCGCCCACCGCAACCUCGUCGCCAACGUGCAGCAGCUCAUCGGCCUGCGGCACCCCGACGGCCUGACCCUGGCCGCCGCCGACGACGUCUGGCUCGCCUUCCUGCCCCUCUACCACGCCUACGGCCAAAUGUACACCAUACUCAUGGCCGCCCGCCGCCGCGUCACCGUCUACGUCAUGUCCGUCUUUAACUUUGAGCGCUACCUGCAGUGCAUCGAGCGCUUCCGGCCCAACGUGCUGCAGGUCGUGCCGCCCGUGGUCGUCAUGCUGUCCAAGCGGCCGGAGGUGGCCCGGUACGACUUGUCGAGCGUCAGGGACGUCAUGUGCGGCGCGGCACCGCUCAAGGCCGAGUUGCAGAACGAGGUCGCCGAUCGGUUUCGCGCCAAUGUUGUGCAGGGCUGGGGCAUGACCGAGCUGACGUGCGCGGCGUCGAGCUUGCCGACGGGCCACGUGGACCGCAAGGCCAGCUGUGGCAUGCUGCUACCCAAUUGCGAAGCCAAGUUUUUGGAUGAGCAGGGCAACGAGGUGGCCGUCGGGGAGCCGGGCGAGCUGUUUGUGCGCGGGCCCAACGUUAUGCUCGGGUACUGGCAGAAUGAACAGGCAACCAAGGAGACGCUCGAGGACGGCUGGCUGCGGACGGGCGACGUGGCCGUGUACAAUGAGCAAGGCAUGCUGUGGAUUGUCGAUCGGAAAAAGGAACUCAUCAAGGUCAACGGCUUGCAAGUCGCACCCGCCGAGCUGGAAUCCCUGCUCCUCGAAAACGAGCACAUUGCCGACGCCGCCGUCGUCGGGAUCGAGCUGGAUAACGAGGAAUGGCCGCGCGCCUACGUUCACAUCCAGGACGUCUCCAAAGGCAAGGUCCAGCCGCGCGACAUCCAGGACUGGCUCGCCGCGCGCGUCAGCAAGCACAAGCACCUCAUCGGCGGCGUCUCCUUUGUCGAUGCCAUCCCCAAGCUCGCCAGCGGCAAGAUUGUCCGGAAGCUCUUGCGCGAGUGGUCCAAGCGCGACGCGGCCGCGAUGAGCAAGGCGGGCUGGAGCCGGUCGAAGCUGUAG